UUCAGUGGUGAUGUCUGUGCAUGAGCGCCUCCUAGUGGCCGCUCUGGUGUAACACAGAUACAGUGUGAGUGUUGGUGUCCUCUCGCAGGGCUCUCGAGCGGAUCACUGGACUCCUGUGGAUGUUUAUAUCGGAGGGAAGGAGCACUCCGUCAUGCACCUUCAUCAGCCACUUCUGCAGAGACCAGGGCAAGGUUUCACACAGAAAGCUGCUUGUCCAGACGUUCAGGGUGGAAGAGACUGUCCAGUACCUCAAGAAAGAGGACAGUGACUUCUCAGGCCUGUCUGUGGGGUUUGGUCCUCAAACUGAAGGUCCAGAGACGCCCAACCCAUCCUUCUUCAACAUGAGAGAGCGACCAGAGGCCAGGAAGAUCUGGGAGAACAGGAACUACGCCAUCACACAGAUCACAGGUCACUUCACAGAGGACUUCCUGUUUAAUGCAGCCAUCUCUCGGCUCAUAGGCCUGACAAACACACUCUCACAAGCCUUGUCUCGGGUGGUUCUGCACAGCGUGGAGUUUGAGGAGACUCUGGAAUCGCUCUGUGUGAUGGCGGCACCCAUGUGUCCACACUUAGCUUCUGAAAUCUGGGCAGGUAUUACACACACGUCCACCUCAGUGUGUCAAAAUAUGAAAAUACUGUCAUCAUUUACUUCUCAUGUUCCCAAAGCUGUUAUUUGAAGGUAACGGUGGAUGGACACUAUAAAGCUAGAAAAGGAAAGUGUCAUAAAAAGACUUUGUGGGUUUACAAAUUUAUAAAAUGUUAUCUAGGUUCCAAUGUAAUAGUAUAUACACUGAA